AGGGAAGGACAGAAGAAUAGGUGGGGUCCCCCUUUGGUGGCCUCUUCUCUCCACGGCCCCAGGCUCCAGCCCACUUAAGUCCUUGGCGUUGGUGGCAGCAGCACUUGGGCCAUGGCAGAGGACGGGCCGCAGCAGCUGCCGCUGGAGAUGCCGCUGGUCCUGGACCAGGACCUGACCAGGCAGAUGCGGCUACGUGUGGAGAGCCUGAAGCAGCGUGGGGAGAAGCGCCAGGAUGGGGAGAAGCUGCUGCGGCCAGCAGAGUUCGUGUACCGCCUGGACUUCACCCAGCAGCAGCGGCUGCAGUUUGAGCGCUGGAACGUUGUGCUGGACAAGCCGGGCAAGGUCACCAUCACGGGCACCUCGCAGAACUGGACGCCCGACCUCACCAACCUCAUGACGCGCCAGCUGCUGGACCCCGCUGCCAUCUUCUGGCGCAGGGAGGACUCGGAUGCCAUGGAUUGGAACGAGGCCGAUGCCCUGGAGUUUGGGGAGCGCCUGUCGGACCUGGCCAAGAUCCGCAAGGUCAUGUACUUCCUCAUCACCUUCGGCGAGGGUGUGGAGCCCGCCAACCUCGAGGCCUCCGUGGUUUUUAACCAGCUCUGAUGGCAGCUGUCGGCUCCUGCCCUCCCCUCGCCCACCUGCGCUCUCCCCUUCCCCUGCCUCCAUCCCCCUGUAUUUUGGGGACCAUUC